AUGGAUUCCCAACCGUACCUCCGCUCCUCUACCCGCACCACUCCCUGCCAAGCAUGUCUCGAAAUCUACUACCACUCGAAAUCAGUCUGGAGCCGAUACAUCUGGACAGCAACCCACAUUCUAGAUCAUGGAGUCUCGCUCUGCUGUCCCGACACCACCACGACCAGCAACAACAACAGCAACAACAACAACCACGACGACUCUAGAAGCCCGUUCACUCGAGCGAGAUCCAUCACCUCGGAAAUCUCAGAAUUAGACCUCAACGAAAGUGGAGUUGGUCAGAAUACCGUUUCGGAUAGCCCGGAAGAUGCGUCUGUCAAUCCACAACAAGACACUGUGCUUGCCAAGGCGAAGAGAGAGGAUAAAAGGUAUACGUGGAAAGAUUGGAAUUGGUGGAAGAAACUAAGCAAUUUCUGCGGUUGGAUGUGGAUGAAGAAGAAUCAAAAGGUUGAUGCCGUGAGGUCGAAGUCGGAUGGGAAAGAAAGACGGAAGGAGGAUGUGUGUGGAGAUACGGGUGGUGCUGUUGAAUUGGAGUGCUUUGGGGAGGGAUAUGAUUCUAUGGUUGUGUGUGGUGUUCAUGGAAAGGAGACGGGGAAGUGUGAUUUGUGA